AGGUUUUAGGGGAAAUAAGUAACAUCAUACAUUCUUUAUAUUCUUUAUAACCCAAAUCCCUCUCUAUAUAUACUAAAACAAAGUCUUUUGGACUCUUCAUUAUCUACCUGCUAAAGCCUAAAGCCACGCCACUUAUUGGAAAAUGGGUGACUUAUGGAGAAGUCUCAGAAGAACCCAGGUACUUAAUAUUAUUGGAUUACUUGGUGUGCUUGUUUUUUUGAACACAAAUGGAGUUGAGAGUAGAAAAAGGGCCCAAAAUUUGGAGUUCUUUGAGUACCCGGCUAUAAGUUGCAGAGCUCACAGUGCUUCAUUGGAAGAUUUUGGAGGUGUUGGUGAUGGAACUACAUCAAACACAAAGGCUUUUAAGGCUGCAAUAGAUCAUCUGAGCCAGUUUGCAUCAGAUGGCGGGUCACAGCUCUUUAUUCCUCCUGGAAAAUGGUUGACUGGAAGCUUCAAUCUCACCAGCCAUUUUACUCUGUACCUUCACAAGGAUGCUGUUCUUCUUGCUUCUCAGGACGAAAGUGAAUGGCCCCUUAUUAAACCUUUACCAUCGUAUGGUCGAGGACGGGAUAACGCUGGAGGCAGAUAUAGCAGCCUAAUUUUUGGAACCAAUCUCACUGAUGUUGUCAUAACAGGGGACAAUGGAACUAUUGAUGGUCAGGGUGAACUCUGGUGGACGAAAUUCCGGGCGAAAGAGCUGAAUUAUACCAGGCCUUACCUUGUUGAAAUCCUGUAUUCUGAGAAUAUUCAGAUUUCCAGUCUCACAUUGAUCAAUUCUCCAUCCUGGAAUAUUCAUCCUACUUACUGCAGCAAUGUCAUUGUUCAAGGCGUAACAAUCCUAGCACCAGUGACAUCUCCAAACACUGAUGGCAUCAAUCCAGAUUCUUGCACAAAUACCAGGAUUGAGGAUUGCUACAUUGUCUCUGGAGAUGAUUGUGUGGCAGUUAAAAGUGGCUGGGAUGAGUAUGGUAUUGCUUUUGGGAUGCCAACAAAGCAGCUUGUCAUCCGACGACUGACAUGCAUUUCUCCAUUCAGUGCUGUGAUUGCUCUGGGCAGUGAAAUGUCCGGUGGGAUCGAAGAUGUCAGGGCAGAAGACAUUACAGCAAUUGAUUCUGAAUCUGGGGUCAGAAUCAAAACUGCUGUAGGAAGAGGGGGCUUUGUGAAGGACAUAUACGUCCGAGGGAUGGCAAUGAAAACCAUGAAGUGGGUAUUUUGGAUGACAGGCAAUUAUGGAGAUCAUCCUGAUAAUAACUACGAUCCAAAAGCUCUUCCGGUGAUUCAGAAUAUCAAUUAUCGGGACAUAGUUGCAGAGAAUGUAACAAUGGCUGCUAGAUUGGAAGGGAUUCCUGGUGAUACGUUUUCUGAAAUUUGCAUAUCUAAUGUGACCGUUGGACUAACUGCGAAGCCAAAGAAGCUACAAUGGAACUGUACAAAUGUUGAAGGGAUUUCAAGUGCUGUGACUCCUAAACCAUGUGAGUUGUUGCCAGAUCAAGGACCAGAGAAAAUCACACAAUGUAAUUUUCCAGAAGAUAGUUUGCCUAUAGAUAACAUUAAAGUAAGAUCUUGUUACUACAAGUAUUUCUAAUACAAAUAUGAUCUGUUUAUGUAGGGAAACUUCUACAUGUAAGGAUUUGAUUAAUAAUUGAAUAUCCCAAAUCCAUAUAAAGAAGUUGCAAAUUUGAAAAUA